AUGAGCAAUAUUAGCAACGACAGUGGCCUGGAUGACUCCGCCACCAGUGGUGCUGUGGCCAAUGCCAACGCCCCAAUAGCUGCCACUCGCCUAUCUUGGUUCCUGGCCGAGGUCGACGAUGGAUCCAUGAAGAAUGGCAAGCCCAAUGGCCAGCCCCGACUCUGUGUGCUCCACUCAAUGGAGCUUCUGGAAACGGACGUAUCGGACAAGUACAUGACCCGCUUUGUGGAGUUCCGGGUGAAUGGUAUGGUGCUGGAGGCUAAGCUCAUACUCGCGGCCGAUGAGCGGCGUCUCGUGGACGCCGCCUUGUUGUCCAUGAGCAAGGAGCAGCGGGAGAAUGCCAAUGCCAGGCAACUUCUGGUUCAGUAUACCGAAAACGAGGAAUCGGGCGAGCGUCUCGUCCAGAAGCUCGUCUCCCCGGACAGUGUGAUGUGGAUGAGCGCCAAGCCAGAGCUUAAGGGCACACCAUUGGUCAGCCUGGGUCCUGGAUGCAUUGCACACGUCCUCUAUGCCUACGAUCAGCGACAUUACAUGGAGAAAAUCUUGCUGCACCUGAAAGCCCGGAGCUUUGAUCAUGCCUUCGAUGAACACUUGGAGGUCGAGGAUGAGCCCACAUUGACCGAUGACACAUGGAUGCUUUUGCAAUACAGUCCAGAGCCAGAGGUGGUCGUCUACCAGGUGGUGCAGUAUAGACAUACGGUGUGGCGUCAGGAGAACCUCUUCAAGGACGUUAUUGCGUACAUUCAACUACCCGGCAGUGAUAUCAUUCUCCAGGCGGUGGUCAUCAGCUAUGGCAGGGACAAGGAAGCACAGGAAGCCAAGUUUGAGGAGCUGCGACGUUUUGCCCUGGACAUGGACUUUCCACCGCCCGACGAAUUGGAGAAGCACCUCGAGCAGGGCAACAACAAUACAACCGCUCUCUUUUCCCGCACCAGUUUGUACCAGAAGGCCGAGCAGCGGGAUGUCACCGGGGAGCACAGGGAACUGCGCCGCAAUCUGGAGCAGAUGAGCGAGAAGGCUCAGAGCGAAGCUCAGAUGAUCAUCGAUGCCUUCGACAUGGUGGACAAUAUCAAUAAGAAUCUGCAGUGUCGAUUGUCCGGGGAUGCGAGACUUGCCGUGGAGGCCACAUCCGGUGAUGAAUUGAGCUAA